CCAUGGCGCGUCAUUCGAGCAUUUUCGUUGCACGGAAAUGGCGCCUUGUUUUCUCUUCAAAUUUGAAAGUGAACUCGUGAGUUUAUUCGUUUACUGGUGUGUUUGAGUGUGGGCACCAUUUAAUGAACUUAUGUGCCUUUGGCAGCUUUGAUUGCCCGUUUAUUCGCUCGGUUUCAGCAUUUCGUAAUAGUUCCUGUCAAUGCAGUGACUCGCAUAUAGGUUAUCUAAACUAUUUGAAAUUAUGGACCAAUAUUGGCCAGUAAUCUUCAGGCUAUAUGUACUUGUGCGCCUUUAAUACUUUUUACAAAGCUAUUUCGUUAUUGUAUGCUGAAUGUACUUUAAUUGAGUUAAAGAUUAAUUUUGCUUGAUACCCAUUGGCAGUUAGUACAUCAAUAUGCCAACGUUUUCAGGUGGAGAUGGCAAAGAAGAGGUGGUGGGAGAAGAAGCAUUGGAAGAAUUCAACCUAUCCCAAGGUGAAUCCUUUACAGUUAAUGAUCUUGAAUCCCUAGAAACGCUCCAAGCGGAACUGGACCGUCUGAAUCAGGGCGAUGGAGGCGCUCCGCAGCAAAUCGAAAUCGUCCAAGUAAAAGGCGAAGUGCAUGACGAUAUUGAUCAAGACGUGGAGACGCAUGAGGAUGUAGAGACCCAUGAGGUCGUGGAAACCCAUGAAGAGGUGGAGACAACUGAAGAGAUAGAAACGUCAGAAGUUAUGGAGCACAUGGAAGAGAUUGAAACCACUGAAGAAAUAAUAACUACGGAAGAAGUGGAAAAUACAGAAACAGAAAUAAUCACGGAAUUUCCCUUGCAUGAAGAAGAAGUAGAGAGCAGUGAAAACAUCAUUGAAGUGAUAUCAACGGAAGAAGUAGAAGAAGCAGUAGAAACAGUGGAAACAAUAGAGACGGUGGAGACAAUUGAAGAAACAGAAGAACCUCAUAGUGAUGGAAAAGCUGCUAAAAGCUCCGACACAAUUGUGACAACUCAACCGUUAAAUGUCAUAAAAAAUGCUUUCAAUUUUCCUGGUCAGAUCAUGAAAGUUACCGUUAGUGGAGGACAAAUUGUCUCAACAAAGAUGAUCGGCCAGUUCUCGCCCAAGACGGUGAGCGCAAAUUCAACGGCAACAACAACCAAAACCACGCCAGCAACAAGCAACAUCAUGCAUGUGAAACCGGUGAAGAAAGUUGCAGUGCAGCCUAAACCAGUUUCAUUUCAGACUGUGCAAAAUUUGCGGACUUUUUCGAAACCUGUAGGCAUCAAAAGAGCCGCAUCAUCCAGCAUUGACCAGUCAAGAAACCACAAAGUUUUAAUCAACUCCGACCUGUCACCUCAACCUGUCAUAAUAGCUUCAGAAGCUCCAGGGAGCAAAGCAGUGGGUGUGUCCACAGCUUCUAACAUCAAAAUCAUCAGCGGAGUCAGUUUGUCGCAAAGUCCAAACAAAACAAUAACGUUAGUCCAGGGCUCAGGGAAACUCCAACAGAUCGUACCAUCAUCUCCUCAGAAGAGUAUUGUCGUCAGCAAGAUUGGGGCAACGAGUCCUAAAAAGGUAACUCUCAUGAAGUCUCCGUCAAAAAUUCUGCCUGCUCCUGGACCACAGACCAAAGGUGGUAAAAUUGCAAUGCAGAAAAUUUUCCUUCGCCAGGGUAACUCCCUGAAGCCGGCUACUUUUCUGGGACCAGGGCAGCAGGUUAUACGUUUGCAAAACCCUCAAAACAUUGUGCCGUCUGCUGGAGUGUCAAAUUUGGGAACCCUUCAUCAAAUAAGACUUCCGGGCAGUAAUCAGGUGCAAUUGGUAAGAGUUGUUGGAGCAGGUGGCAGCACAGCAUCCGUCACACCUACAAACAGCCAAGCAACUGUUGUCUCCGUGACCACAGCGUUGCCAACAGCUUCUUCUUCGGAAGUCAAAACGUUUCCAGUCACAAUUUUACCUGCCCCUACCACCGCAGUAUCAGCAUCUGGUAGCGGCUCCUCAUCAAGCAUACUGACAUUGAACUCCCUCUCUUCAAAUAAUGGUACAAGCACUUCGGGAAGUUCGGGUAAACCUCUUCGCCCAAAAAUUGUAUCCAUUGCUCCAGCAAAAGCAACCAGCUCAGGCAAUGUGUUGUACACCAUGCCCAGUCAGUCAGGGAACGUGACGCAAGUUUCCUCAGGCAAAACAGUCAACGUGGUCAUGUUACCUACUCAGUACAUUCAACAGGUUCAGCAAGAAAAUAAAGGGGCGCUGAAUUCAAUACCUAUUGCAGCAAAAUUUGAUACAGCUAAUGUAGCCAAAGAAUAUGAGAAAGAAAUAAAAAUUGAUAUUAAGACUGACUUGGAAGAAAAGCCGGAACGGAAGCCAAAAACAAGCACUAUUACCACAAGUCAUGCUAAUGGUAUUCGACCACGAAAGCCCUGUAACUGCACCCGAUCUCAGUGUUUGAAAUUGUAUUGUGACUGUUUUGCCAGUGGAGAGUUUUGCUAUCAAUGUAAUUGUAAUAGUUGUUUCAACAAUUUGGAGCACGAAGAAGAUCGUCAGUUGGCAAUCAAAUCUUGUCUUGAACGUAAUCCAAAUGCUUUCCGGCCAAAAAUCGGAAGAACCUACGCUACGGACACGGAAAGGAGACAUACGAAAGGCUGCAACUGCAAACGCUCAGGCUGCUUGAAAAACUACUGUGAAUGCUACGAAGCCAAAAUCCCUUGCUCUCACAACUGUAAAUGUGUCGGAUGUCGCAAUGUAGAAGAUGGAAUGAUUCUCCGUAGACAUAGAGAUGAACUACGGGAAGAAAUAGCUGCUCAGUCUCUGACAGCUCUAGCAACAAUAGCAGAUGAUCUCUCGUCGGGGGUUUACCAGCGUGGUGACAAUUGCUCCAAGAUUACCUCAAACAUGUUCUCAACGGAUGUCUUGGAAGCAACCGUACAGUGUCUUUUAGCGCAAGCAUUCGAGGCUCAAGAGCAGGGCCUGGACAAAGUCAAAAGUCAACAACUAUUACUAGAAGAAUACGGUAGAUGCUUGAAAAGCAUCAUAGAAUACUCCUCGUCAGACCAAGAUUUGACGUAACGCUAAGCUGAGUCUCAAAACCUGUAAAUAGCUGUAUUAUUUUUUAUCAUAAUCGGUCCAAUUUCUCCAUUCAGAUAAAAUUUUUAAAGCACUACUGAACUCCACAGGGGUACUUUUCUCAAAAUCAAAAAAUGAGGGCUUGUAAAAUUUACCGCAGGAUUCGGUGUUCUCGAUUGAGACUAAAGUUCGCUCCUUGAGAAUAUAUCUGUGCUUUUGAAGUUUGAUCUGGUUCUUUUUUGAAAUUUUUUGGAUCCAUAUAAGCUUUUCAAAGGAAUCUUUGCGUUUAGAAAUCAACGCAUUCUGCUUUCUAAUUUUAUAUUUUGACACAGUUUGCUUCUUUUAUUGGUGAUCAUAAUUAACGACUACUGAAGUAAUUCCUUUUUUCAUUAUCAUUGAGUACAAAUAUAGAAGUAUAAUUUAACGUUUCAUCUUGAUCAUGAAUUGAUUCUUACACAAGUUAAAUGGUUUAUUGCCUGCAGCGAUCUCUUUUGUAUUUAAUGCUUACAGUGCUGUUAACAGUGUAGAACACACUCAAAUUUCGAGUUUUAACUGAUUUGCCCAUUUUCAUCUUGGAAUCAAUCAAUAGAAUACUUUGUAGCAUAACCAAUUAAUCUUGAGUGGCUUAUUGGUUAUAUUACAUAUUUAUCUGAAUUUGUAACCUUCCAAAUUAUUUUUUUAAUUAAAAAUUAAUAUCUUCCUUUCCUUAAAAUUUUCAAAGGAUAUUUUUCUCGCAUGAAAAAGAUUCCAUAGAAGUAUCGAGAAAUAAAAAUAACUAAUUUUCCUUCAAGAAAACGAUGUAGGAACAGUAAUUUUGAGGUUCAAAUAUGAGACCUUAUUCAUCUUUACGGUCAUUUUUGAGUGUUCUUGGAAAAGUAAACUCAUCGAAUUUCUAACUUUAUACUUUAUUUGUAAGGACUCUCAAAUCGUUUUCCUG